AUGGUUGAAUCGGAGAGAACGAAGCACACAUGUCUCCGGCUUGAAAUCUCCGGCGCCGAUCCGAUAUUCGUCAAAGGCACUUGGCACCAAUCUCGUUUCGAUAUCUCCGUCACCGAUGGCUCAUCCUCCUGGGUUUGCAAUGCGACUGAGGAGGAGGUGGCGGAUCGAGCGGCACAAUGGGACCAACCUGUAUCGGAGUAUCUCCAGCUCGCCGAGGAGUACUUAGGGUUUCAGCAACCCAAUUCCAUUUACAGUUUCUCCGAUGCCAUUGAGGGAUGUAAACGGCUCUCUUGGACGUUUGAGAAAGAAGGGACUAAACUGGAAUGGCGAUGGAAAUGCAAACCAUCACAGGACAGCAAGAAGAGCACAGUCAGGAUCUUGGACUUUCUUAUGGAGGCUAAUAUAAGGCUAAGUGAAGAAGUUGUGAACAAGACGAGAUCAUUUGAGAAGAUGAAAAGUGAAGCCGAGAAGUGCUUAGUGCAAGGUGAAAAACUCUGCAACGAGAAAACAGAGUUUGAGGAUGCAACUUAUGCAAAGUUUCUUUCUCUGUUAAAUGCAAAGAAGGCAAAACUCAGAGCACUAAGGGACAAAGAAGAUUCAGGGAGAGGAGUUGAAGAGGAACAAGAGUCAACAGACAAAGCUGAGAGCUUUGAGAGUGGAGGAAGUGAUAAUGAGGAGAGCGAGGAAGAGGCUUCAAAGAAGGCAACAACAAGCAGCAAAGGCCGUGGCCGGAAGAGAGCUGCACGCAGCUAA